GUGUCAGGUUUUGGAAAAUGGCAACACUGCACUGAUACUUCACGGUAGUGGAGUAGUAAACCACGUGCUUAUAAACUUUAAAAACUAUUUUCAUAAACUAUUGUUUGAUAAUCUCCAAAAUCAAUUUAUUUAAUAAAAAAUCUAAAACAGAACAUUCACAAAAAUGGCAAAAUCUUUGAGAAGUAAAUGGAGGAGAAAAUGUCGAGCAGUUAAACGAGAACGAUAUGGAGCAAAAGAAUUAGCAAGAUUAAAGAAAACACUUGGAAUCGAUGAAUCCACUGCCACCGAGGUUGAUAUGAAAGACAUCACAGAAAUAGCAACAGUCGUCGAUGCUAAAACAAUGAAAGAAUCAUCAAAUGAGAAAACAAAUAAUAUUGAAGAAAUGGAAUUAAUGGAUGAAGACGGUAAAAGAGUAUUUAAUUCAAAGACAAUGCGUGAUCAACAUGGAAAUUAUCCAAUUUGGAUGAGUAAAAGAAAAAUUAUAAAAAACAAAAAGGGAAGAUCAAAAUCAAAAAAAGCAACAGCCAAACAAACAAAACGAUUGUCCAGAAAAGAAAAGAAAAAAUUACAAAUUAAAAGUACGUGAUUCAUAAUUUUUAUCAUCAUUGUUUUUUUUAGACAAUAUUUUUAUAAAUAUUUCUAGAAAUCGAAUUUUUCAUUAAAACACACAUCUUUUGUUACAAAGAUUUAAUAAUGUAAAUAUCGUCAGAUAAAAAUACAUUUUAACAAUUAUUAUUAAAUAUACAUGAAAUAAAUGCAAAUAAAAAAAAAUGUCAGUCA